AUGCUCAGAUUUCUAGCCGCCUUGGUGGCGAUCCAAACAACAAUAACUAUAACAACUGCCGCCAGUUUUCAAAAUGAAGAGCAGAAGCCCAUAGCCGACCCCUUGGCGGAAGAGUUUGAUGACUCGUUCUGGACGUCAUCACCCUUUUACGAGCAUGCUCUCUCGCUCAUGAAGGAGAGUCCCCUCAUCGACACUCACAUUGACCUUCCACAGGUCAUCAGAUCUCUUGACCGCCACCCGUCCUCUAUCCUCCCAGACCUGGCCACGCACGUCCCAGGCCACAUAGACAUCCCGCGCCUCCGUCAAGGCCACCUGGGCGCGGCCUUCUGGACCGUCUGGGCGCCCUGUCCCGACUUCCUAGGCAUCGACGUAGGCGAGGACUACACCCUCCCCAACGACGGCCUCCGCGACGCCCUCGAGAUCCUGGACCUCACCAACCAGAUGAUCGCCGCGCACCCCGACCACCUCCGCCCAGCCCGCACCUCGGCCGACAUCCAAUCCGCCUUCGCCGCCGGCAGAGUCGCCAGCCUGCUCGGCAUGGAGGGCACGCACUUCCUGGGCAACUCGCUCGCCACGCUGCGCCUGUUUGCCCAGCUGGGCGUCCGCUAUGUCAGCCUGACCCACAUGUGCCACAGCGCCUUUGCCUCGUCCGCCGGGUUCGGGAAGCCUCUCCCGCCCUCCGGCCACGGCCCCACCAAGAACGGCCUGUCCCCGCUCGGGCGCGCCCUGGUCGCCGAGCUGAACCGCCUGGGCGUGCUGGUCGACCUCUCCCACAGCAGCGACGACACCGCCCGCGAGGCCAUCGCGCUGUCGCGUGCCCCUGUCGUCUGGACGCACUCGGUCGCCCGCGCGCUGUAUGACCACCCGCGCAAUGUGCCCGACGACGUGCUGGCGCUGAUUGGCGACGGGCCUGGGGCGGUGAAUGGUGGGGUUGUGCAGUGUGUCAUGUUUCCUGUGUUUGUCGGGCCGGAUGUCGAGAGUGCCAAUGUCUCGCGCCUGGCGGACCAUAUUGAGCAUGUGGCUGGGGUCGUGGGGAAGAAGCAUGUGGGGAUUGGGUCGGAUUUUGAUGGCAUGUAUACUUCUGUUAAGGGGCUUGAGGAUGCGAGCAAGUAUCCGAAUCUGAUCACCGAAAUGCUUAUCCGCGGCUGGACCGACGACGAGGUCAAGGACCUCAUGGGCCGCAACCUCAUGCGCGUCAUGGACGAGGCAGGCGCCGUUGCGCGUGAGCUCAAAGAUCAGCUGCCGUCGCCUGCCAUCUGGGAGAAGCGAAAGGACCUGCCCGCCCAGUGGGGUGGCGAGGGAAAUGCCUUUUAUCCGUACGACGUGCAGGAUAUUCAGGCCAAGAUGAUCCCCAAGCACGAUGAGCUGUGA